AGCCGAGAGAGCACUACCUCAGUGAGGAGCUGGCGCAACAUCUCAAGACGUCAACUCAUUUAAACUCGAAUACUUUAUCUUGAUAUUUAUCUUUAACCCUGGGGCUUAUGAGGCUAUUCUAUUGGAGGUUUAAGUAGAUUGGUUCCCAAAUUUUGUUCAGACAAUUUGGAAGGAAAACACACAAAACACUCGCACCUGCGCGAGGCUCCUCUUCAGUGAGUCCGGGACGCUUGUUUGCAUUAUGGGAUGUAUCUCGUUGGAUCUGAUACUUUGAACUUUAUGCACGCGUUCUUAUCGUAGGGAUCUCUACUGAACAAUAACAUUAAUUGAUUUUUUCUCCACUGGAAGGAGGCGGCGUACGCAGUUAUACGGAGCUUCACGGAGUCUGAGCUGCCUUACGAGUAACUUGUUCAGUUGGAGUGAGUGAUACUGCAGAGCACCGACACCUUCUCUAAACACGCUGAAUGAAAAUGACUCCCAAACAAAGUACGGCUUUCAUAGUCCUGCUUUUUCACUGCUUGAUGCCGGCAAAUGGGAUAGUGUUGGACCCACAGCUGCAUCCUCACAAAGACACACACCUGCGGCAUGCUGGAGACUCCCUCAUACUCAUCUGCAGGGGGUCUACCCAGCUGCAGUGGAAGCUGGCCAGUAGGGAUCUGAGCUCUGAAGGGGUCCAAGUUGAACCAUGUGAGCUAACUACAAACUGCAGCAAGCUGGUGAUACACAACCUGAAGUACACAGACACAGGAUACUACACUUGCAGUCACGACAAUUCCAGAGAACAUGAGAGUUCCACGUAUGUCUUUGUCAAAGAUCAUCAUCAUCCAUUCCUGGAGACAUUCAAUGCAAAGAUCCUGUUUGCAUACAGGAAUGACAAAUUUCUGGAGAUCCCUUGCAGGACAACAUCUCCUAGUCAAAAUGUUACUUUGGAAACAAUUCCCCCCAUGAAGGACUCUGUCAAUGGGAUGUCAUGGGAUCCAAAAGUGGGUUUUAGGAUUCCACUGGGUCCUUAUAAGAGCUACGAAAGGAUCACAUGUGCCACCAGUGUGAAUGGCAAAAAAGUCACAACAAGCUUCAUCUUACUACAUCGUAGCAAUGUUCUGGAAGAUGUACAGAUCACUCCUGAGCAUCCAAGAGUCCUGGUUGGAGACACCCUGACCCUCACCUGUUCAGGAAACACCACAUUCAAUGGCAGGAUUGAAUUUGAUUGGCAAUUCCAAAACAGGCCUGUCAGUAGGACCCAUAACACUUAUAGGAGAAAGAGUGACCCUAAUAAGGUCGUUGUAAUGAGCAGCAAACUAACUAUACCCAAUGUGACUGUGGAGGACAAUGGCAUUUACAUUUGCACAGCAACAGUGGAUGGCUCUAAGAAGCAUGCUUCAGUCAAGGUCACUGUACAUGAGCAUCCGUUCCUAAGUGUGACCCCUGGAACACAUAAGGUUGUCAGUACUGAAGAAGGUAAAAAGUGGGACUUUAAACCGCAGGUCAGUGCUCUGCGUGCACCAGACAAAGAGUUGUGGUACAAGGAUGGCUUCCCCAUUAACGCCUCCUUAUGCUAUGACAUAAUGGACUAUAAACUCAUUAUCAAGGAGGUGAAAGAAAAGGAUGCAGGGGUCUUUACCAUUGCUUUAUCCAACCAGAAGAAUAGGCUUCACGGGAAGAUAAGCUGCACUUUUUUUGGCAGUGGGAUAGUGUUAGACCCACAGCUGCAUCCUCCCAAAGACACACACCUGCAGCAUGCUGGAGGCUCCCUCAUACUCAUCUGCAGGGGGUCUACCCAGCUGCAGUGGAAGCUGGCCAGUAGGGAUCUGAGCUCUGAAGGGGUCCAAGUUGAACCAUGUGAGCUAACUGCAAACUGCAGCAAGCUGGUGAUACACAACCUGAAGUACACAGACACAGGAUACUACACUUGCAGUCACGACAAUUCCAGAGAACAUGAGAGUUCCACGUAUGUCUUUGUCAAAGAUCAUCGUCAUCCAUUCUUGGAGACAUUCAGUGAAAAGAUCCUGUUUGCAUACAGGGAUGAAAAAUCUCUGGAGAUCCCUUGCAGGACAACAUCUCCUAGUCAAAAUGUUACUUUGGAAACACAUCCUCCCAUGAAAAACUCUGUCAAAGCACGCAUGUCAUGGGAUCCAAAAGUGGGUUUUAGAAUUCCACUGGGUUCUUUUAAGACCUAUGACAUGAUCACCUGUGCCACCAUGGUAAAUGGAGCAAAAGUCACAUCAAACUUCAUCCUCCUACGUCGUACCAGGGUUCUGAAUAAUGUACGCAUCACUCCUGAGCAUCCAAGAGUCCUGGUUGGAGACACCCUGACCCUCACCUGCUCAGGAGACACCACUUUUAAUGGCAGGAUUAAAUUUGAUUGGGAAUUCCAAUACAGCCCUAUCAGUAGGACUCACAACACUCAUGUGAGAAGGAGUGAUCCUAAUAAGGUCAUUGUAAUGAACAGCAAACUAACUAUACCCAAUGUGACUGUGGAGGACAAUGGCAUUUACAAUUGCACAGCAACACUGGAUGGCUCUAAGAAGCAUGCUUCAGUCAAGGUCAUUGUACAUGAGCAUCCGUUCCUCAAUGUGACCCAUGGAACACAUAAGGUUGUCAGUACUGAAGAAGGUAAAAGGUGGGACUUUAAACCGCAGGUCGAUGCUCUGCCUGCACCAGACAAAAUAGUGUGGUACAAGGAUGGCUUCCCCAUCAAUGCCUCCUUAUGCUAUGAGGUAAUGGGCUAUAACCUCAUCAUCAAGGAGGUGAAAGAAAAGGAUGCAGGGGUCUUUACCAUUGCUUUAUCCACCCAGAAGUAUGGGCUUCACAGGAACAUCAGCUACACACUUUUGGUCAAUAUGAAACCCAGAAUAUCUGAAGAAGAGGUGGCUCCUGUAGGCCCUCAGACUUACAGGCUAGGCCAGGAGCACCAGCUUACCUGUACUGUCUUUGGAUUCCCAAAGCCCAAUAUCACAUGGCUGUGGCAGCCCUGUGACCCUAAUCCCAAGCUCACACAGUGCAAACUGUGUAGUGAUCCAAUACCUGUCAAAGACAGUACCAACUAUUCCUGUCCAUCAAACUUGAUUAAGGAUGUGUCCAUUGAGCAUAAGGAGAUAAAUGGCAGAAACAAGAUAAUAAGUACCCUGAUUGUGAUGGCUAAUGUGUCAGGAGUCUACACUUGCAAAGCCAGCAAUGAGAUGGGAGAGAGGACAAUGACGACUCAUUUCUAUGUGAAUGAUCAUCCCCAGUCUUUUGAGGUCAAACCCUUGACAGCCAUUGAGGGAGAUGAUAUCACUCUGAUUUGCCAGGGCACACGGUUCCUCUAUGAUAGGCUGAGCUGGUAUGAUUCACAGAGUCGCCUGGUUCAGAGUGACAGCUCCAUCCAGAUCAGUCCUUAUUCUGUCACCCUAUCACUCAGACUGAAAAAUGUUUCUAGAAACCACACAAAUGGCUAUGAGUGCAGAGCAAUCAACCUCAACACCAAAAAUGAGGUCAAUACAACUUCUAACUUAAUUAUUGAUGAGAGGAUAGUUCCCUGGUUGAUACAGAACUUGACCAGUCAGGAUGUGAACAGCAGCAGCACUCUGACCCUAGCAUGUCUGGCCCAUGGUGUGCCACCUCCAUUUAUUACAUGGUACAAGGAUAAGAUUCCCAUCACAGAAGGACCAGGAAUUACUCUGAAGGACAAUGGGGUCCUGAUCAUCCAGAGGGUGAAGAAAGAGGAUGAGGGCAUGUAUGAGUGUCAGGCCAGUAAUGCUAAAGGUGUGGCAACAUCUAGUGCAGUCAUCACUGUACUGGGCGAUGAAGGCAAGCCAAAUAUUGAGGUGAUCAUCCUUGUGUGCACGGGAGCUGCUGCCACAUUCCUUUGGAUCAUGCUCAUUCUCUUCAUCCGCAAGCUAAGAAAGCCAAGUUCUGCAGAUCUAAAGACAGGCUACCUGUCCAUCAUCAUGGAUCCUGACCAGAUGCCUCUUAAUGAGCAGUGGGAUCGUUUACCUUAUGACAGCAGCAAAUGGGAGUUCCCUAGAGACCGCCUCCGACUGGGUAAAACUCUGGGCCAUGGUGCUUUUGGAAAAGUUGUCGAGGCUUCUGCAUUUGGCAUAGACAAGCUCUCCACAUGUAAAACAGUUGCUGUUAAAAUGCUGAAAGGAGGAGCUACAAACAGUGAAUGCAGAGCUCUUAUGUCUGAACUGAAGAUACUGAUUCAUAUUGGCCACCAUCUCAAUGUUGUCAAUCUACUGGGAGCAUGCACUAAGCAAGGAGGCCCACUGAUGAUCAUUGUGGAGUACUGCAAGUAUGGCAACCUUUCUAAUUACUUGAGGAGCAAGAGAGGAGACUUUGUGGUUUAUAAAUCUCAGGAUGGUAAAGCGCUGCUGCCAAGUUCAGGGUGCGAUUUAAGUGAGCUCCUCAAGCGUCGACUGGAGAGUGUGGCUAGCACUGGAAGCUCAGCCAGCUCAGGCUUCAUUGAAGAUAAGAGCUAUUGCGACUCAGAGGAAGAAGAGGAAGAGUCUGAAGACUUGUAUAAGAGAGUGUUGACACUAGAGGACUUAAUUUGCUACAGCUUUCAAGUAGCCAAAGGCAUGGAGUUUUUGGCUUCACGAAAAUGUAUUCACCGUGAUUUGGCAGCGCGGAACAUCCUUUUGUCCGAAAACAACGUUGUUAAGAUAUGCGAUUUCGGACUAGCCAGAGACGUGUAUAAGGACCCAGACUACGUCCGUAAAGGAGAUGCCAGACUUCCUCUUAAGUGGAUGGCGCCAGAGGCCAUAUUUGACAAGAUCUAUACUACACAGAGUGAUGUUUGGUCCUUCGGCGUGCUAAUGUGGGAGAUCUUCUCUCUGGGUGCCUCUCCUUAUCCUGGUGUACAAAUUGAUGAGGAAUUCUGCUGCCGCUUGAAAGAAGGCACCAGAAUGCGAGCACCCGAGUAUGCUUCCUCUGAAAUAUAUCAGACCAUGCUGGACUGCUGGCAUGGAGAACGACAGCAGAGGCCCACUUUUACAGAGCUAGUAGAGAGACUAGGAGACCUGCUUCAGGCAAGUGUACAGCAGGAGGGGAAACAUUACAUUCCUAUCAACACGGCACUACUGACAAAAGCGGAUCCGUCAAACCCAGACCCUACAGAGGAAACUUCCAUGAGACCUGUCUCUCUCAGAAACUCGAGAGGCUCAUGGAACAUCAAGGUCCGUCCAGGCAGCAUCAAAACCUUUGAUGACGUAACAGCGGAGAGUGGAACAAAUGAUAUGCAUGAGGGAGGGCAUUUGGACAGUGGCAUGGGUCUGUCCUCUGAUGAUCUGAAGAAGCUGAAGCAUUUGGAUUCCCUGGUUCAACCCUUAAGUAUCAUGGCCCUGGCGAUGAAGACUAAGAGUAAGGAGUCUGUUUUGUCAGAGGGGGACAAGGAGAAAUAUCCCUCACCCGUCCCUUCACUAGAUUUUGGUCUGGAAGAUUCCUCUCUGGAUCCAGAGCUGGAGUGUCAUAGCCCUCCACCAGACUACAAUUAUGUUGUCCGCUAUUCCACACCACCUGUCUGAGUUUCCCACUGCUACCUGUGAGCCAUCAGGACCUCAAACUCAAGCCCUGGACCAAUACACUUACUAUUUAAUCUUUUCUUACUUUAGGAUGCUUUUUUUAAAAAAAAUGUUUUAUUUAAUCAAUUCUGUUCUCUUUUUCACAUGUAUAUUGGUCAGUACAGUUCCAGCACUGCUACCUUUUGUCCAUCUUGGCAUACUUCUGUAUGAUCUCCUCCAGUGUACAGAAGUAAGAGGAGCAGUGCUGCCAUAUUGUUUUGUGUUGUCUCCUUAAAGCUGUUGAAACACGUCACAACACGCCACUGUGAUACACACAUAUAGACCACCUCAGGUAUUUCUGUUUUCUACUGUGAACACAAAAAGCACAACAUAUAGAUUUCUUUAAUCAAAUCUCAAAUUCUCACAAAAUCAAAUUUUAAAGGGAGAAAACACCUUCUUUAUUAAUUUACUAAUUUGAAUAGUUUAAUGAAAAGAAACUGGAAAGUAUUUUAUUUAACUUUUUUACAUAGAUAUUUGUGAGUUCUUUCUUUUAAAUGUUACUUUGAGGAAAAUAUUCUUUUAUCAAUGGAUACAAACAGGAGUAUUAUUGACUCAUUACAUUUUAAAGAGUUAAUAAUUUGUUGUAGGUGGUUUUCCUUUACAGUUUCUGCUCUUCAUUUUAGAUCAUAACUGUAUGCAAAUUUGCUCAGAUAUCACAGUUUGUAUAUGCACAUUAUUUUUAUUACCAGAAUCCACAUAAUGCGCUCACUGUUAUACCCUAUUUACACUGUUGCACUAAAAUUUUCUAAUUGAUUAGAUUAACACUAUUAAUAACCAGCAUUAAUAUUUGCCAUUUAAUUGAUUUUGGCAGAACAGAAUCAUUUGUGUUGGGAGGAAAUGUGAUCUGAACUCUAUAAGACACAGUGUUUACUGCAUGUACUUUAUUGACCUCAAUAUGAAUGGUUUUAGGUGAAAUUUACUUACAUCCCAGUAAAAUUGUUAAUAAACAACUGUUUUUGAAGAUUGAAAAAGUAGACCACAUUGAUAAGAUAUUAAAAUAGUAAUAUAGUAAAUAAUCCCAUCACAUUAAAUGAGAUAAAUGUUGAAUUAUUAAACACUAAUCCAGCACACAUAAAGGAUUCCUCUGAUACUCUGUCACAUUUCAAUGUCUAAUAUCUUUUGGGUUGUUUACACUGUAUACAUUAUAGUUACAAGAAAUAUUCCAUUUCCAUAUGUUUCCAAUUAUUAACCUAUUUUAUUUUAUUGGGAAUGCUAUUGAUCCAUGUUUGUGCUAUAAUCUACUAAAGCUUGCAGGGCAGGCUAAAGGAUUACUAAGUAAUAUAAUUUUUAACAGGCUGGUCUCUACAUAUAUAGUUAUCAUAAAUUAUAGCAGAAGCAUAUGCACACCUGCAGGUAAUACCAGUAUUAACUAUUCUGUAACAGGGGACAAUAAGAAAUGUGUGGCCUUGUAUCCAAGACUGUAGUCAGGACAGAGAGAACUGUUACUCCUAUUUGUUACUUGCUAUCAAUUUUUCUUAGUUACCAGUAUUCAUUGGUAGAUAUACCAUUUUCAAGACAGUAUAUACUAUCAAAUAAUAUUUGUACUAUUUUGACUGAUUUGUAUCCAUUGACAAAGUAUAUUGUAUGCACUGAGAUUUUGUUUUCAUGCAUUAUAAAUGUAUUUUAACCAUGCAUCAAUAAAGAUCUAUAUAUUUAUA